CGCUCGGAGAGGGGGGUGCCGAGGCGCGAACUUCCGCCGCCGGCGCCGCCUCUUGCCGCGGUGGUCUGGCGCCCGCGGCUAGGGGACCGAACCGUCGUGGGCUCUCGGACGCGGGCUCCGGAGUCCAUCCCUAGCGCUCAGCCGCAGGCGCGGAGGUCGGAGCGCACCUGCGGAGCGGGCGCCUGCGCGUGAGGAGGAGGAAGGGCAUGGGCAGAGCCUGAGUCACCCGCGCUCCAGCCUGUACACGUACUGCUUUAAGUGCUUUACAGAUGCUAACUCAUCCAGUCCCUGAGACAGUCCUUGCGAGGGUGGCCCCUGGCUGGGGUGAAGCUCCCCCGUCUUUAUUCUUGUCCCCCAGCGUGGUGUGGGCUGCCGGCUGCAGGAUGAACUGUCGCUCGGAGGUGCUGGAGGUGUCGGUGGAAGGGCGGCAGGUGGAGGAGGCCAUGCUGGCCGUGCUGCACACCGUGCUCCUGCACCGCAGCACGGGCAAGUUCCACUACAAGAAGGAGGGCACCUACUCCAUCGGCACCGUGGGCACCCAGGAUGUGGACUGUGACUUCAUUGACUUCACCUACGUGCGCGUCUCCUCUGAGGAGCUGGACCGUGCCCUGCGCAAGGUUGUCGGGGAAUUCAAGGAUGCACUGCGCAACUCUGGGGGUGAUGGGCUGGGGCAGAUGUCCCUGGAGUUCUACCAGAAGAAGAAGUCUCGCUGGCCUUUCUCAGACGAAUGCAUCCCCUGGGAGGUGUGGACGGUCAAGGUGCACGUGGUAGCUCUGGCCACAGAGCAGGAGCGGCAGAUCUGCCGGGAGAAGGUGGGUGAGAAGCUCUGUGAGAAGAUCAUCAACAUCGUGGAGGUGAUGAACCGGCACGAGUACCUGCCCAAGAUGCCCACGCAGUCGGAGGUGGACAACGUGUUUGACACAGGCUUGCGGGACGUGCAGCCCUACCUCUACAAGAUUUCCUUCCAGAUCACUGAUGCCCUGGGCACCUCGGUCACCACGACCAUGCGCAGGCUCAUCAAAGACACCCUUGCCCUCUAGGCCUUACUGGGGCCGUGGGCUCUCCUUGAUGGCUUGCAGACCUUGGCUUCUGGGGAUCGUACCAUUGGCCCCUUGGGGCUCGGGAACCUGCCCCAGGUCCUUGAUGAGACUUGGAAUGGCCACCCCUGGCUUCCUUGUUUUGUGGUUGCCAGUCUCUGGUCAUUCUUUUAACCUUAGCUGAUGGUCAAGUCUGGCCUUCACUGUCUCUCCACACCCCUGGUGGGGGUUCCCCUUCCUUCUCUGCUGUAUGGAAGAGCCAUCGCUAGGAUGGUGAAUAAAGUUGAGAAUGUGAGUUCAGGUUGA